AGAAGAAGAAGAAGAAGAAGAAGAAGAAGAAGAAGAAGAAGAAGAAGAAGAAGAAGAAGAAGAAGAAGAAGAAGAAGAAGAAGAAGAAGAAGAAGAAGAAGAAGGAGGAGGAGGAGGAAGAAAAUGGCGAUUUCCAUCCUCCGACUACGGACAUCCAAGUGUUACCAGUUGGAGAACUGGGGCAUCCUGAGGACCUGCAUAUCUGCUUUGUGCACCACUCAUACUGGAGAGGCUACAAAGAAGGCAGAAAAGACAGGAAAUGAUCCAGAUGAGAGAGCAACCCUGCUAACAUACAAGACAGCAGUUUCCUUCCCAAUGAGAGUUUUGAACCAUGGAGCUUUUCCUACACAGCCUUGGGAUAUUGCAGCAUCAUUGUCCAUUACCCCUGCAGGCAGAGUGGUGGAUGUCAUUGCUAAUAUUGAAAAAGCGCCUACUACGCAGGAAGCCUUUUCAGAUUCAACACCUCCAUUAGAAGCUGCAACCAUGGCCCCUGCUGACCCUGAGGGGACUUUUGAGAACAGCACAUACAGAAAUUACCAACACCACAGCUACACCCCCUAUACCUUUGUAGACAUGGAUGUAGAGAUGGCAAAGUAUCGUCUCCCUCAGCCCACCUCUGGAAGACACUCACCAAGACACUAGGAAAGCACAGCUGGAUACAUAUGGAUGUAUAUUUAAAUGGUGUGGUCUUAGGGUUUUGCUCUACAAAAAUAACAAACAAAAAAUGUAAAAUGCCUGAUUAAAAGUUGUCUUCAAUAUACAAUCACAUGUAUUCAACAAAAUGUUUAUGUUGGCAGUUUUUCCAUCUACUGUUCUUUUGUCACAAAACAGGCUGCAAAGAAAUGUUUUGUAUUCAA